AUGAGAUUUCCUCUUCCUUCAUGGAUGACCGCCUCCUACCUUAGUCUUUCUAGUGGUAGCAGCAAGAGUAGUACGGAUACCGGUAGCAGCAUCGCUGAAGACUUGAAAAUGUCAAGCAAAGCACAUAUUAGUGAGCCCGUCGUCACAUCCACGGACGAGAGCGCCAUUGAAAUUGAAAAAGUGGAAACAGUCCCAGGAAUUUCCACCGAGAAGAACGGCAUUAGUGACGGCAUGAAGUGGUGGCAAGAAGCUGUUGUGUAUCAGAUCUAUCCUCGUAGUUUUCAAGACUCCAAUGGCGACGGUGUGGGCGACUUGAAUGGAAUCAUUGACCGUCUCGACUAUCUCAAUGACGGAACUCCCAAUUCCCUGGGCGUUGAUGCCAUUUGGUUGUCACCUAUAUACCCAAGCCCAAUGUUUGACUUUGGCUAUGAUAUUUCUGACUACACAGAUAUUGAUCCUGUCUUUGGCAACUUGCAAGACUUUCGACGACUGCUGGAUGAAGCUCAUCGGCGCAACAUCAAAAUCAUUAUGGAUCUUGUCAUCAAUCAUACAUCUCACCUGCACCCUUGGUUCAAGGAAAGUCGUUCCUCGAAAGAUAAUCCCAAGCGCGAUUGGUACAUUUGGAAGGACCCUCGGUAUGAUUUGCGUGGACAUCGGCAACCACCCAACAACUGGCUGGGAAUGUUUGGCGGAAAAGGCUGGAAGUGGGAUGAACAUACCCAACAGUAUUACUUCCAUUCCUUUCUAGCGGAACAGCCCGACCUAAACUGGCGAAAUCCAGAAGUCAAAGAAGCCGUCUUUCAAAUGGUCAAAGGAUGGCUAGACAUGGGCGUGGACGGAUUCCGCUUGGAUGUCAUCAACUACAUCUUCAAGGACGAUCAAUGGCGAAACAAUCCCGUGCAAUAUUUCAAGCCAGCUCGUCCCUAUGAUAGACAGCGCCAUGUAUAUGAUCGAGACAGGCAACCCGACCUGAGUGGCAUGUUGAGUGACUUGAGGAAACUCCUCGAGUCCUAUGACGGUGACCGCAUGAGCGUGGGUGAAAUUCAAGUGGAAGAUCAUACCAAGGUCAAGCAUGUCGCCAGUUGCGUUGGUGGCAAAGAUCAGCUGCACAUGGCAUUCAACUUUGCCUAUUUCUUCACUGCUUGGGAUGCCAAAGUAUUUCGAAAACGCAUCCAUGAAUGGGACAGCGCCUGCCAGAAACAGGAACCCAUGGGAGGCUGGCCAACCUACACUUUGAGCAAUCAUGACUAUGAACGGCACAUUAGCCGAUACACUCCCCUGGUAGGUGGGUCUUCUUCCAAGGAGGCUGUCGCUCAGGCUCGUGCCAAGUUGGCCGCACUAAUGCUGCUGACCUUGCGAGGAACUCCCUUUCUAUACUACGGAGAAGAAAUCGGUAUGCGGGAAGAACCCGUGCCACGAAGGCACUUGAAAGAUCCAGUGGGGUUGCGGUUCUGGCCAUUCCACCCCGGACGCGAUGGCUGUCGUCGACCCAUGGCAUGGAAUGGUGAAUAUUCACAGGGCGGCGGCUUCACCUCUGCGAAGGGACGUCAUGGUCACGAACUCGAAGACGAUGCUGGGAAGGAGAUGGAGGAGGAUCAGGAAAAGGCUCCACCAAUGGAGCAGCCCCAGGAAGAGAAACCAUGGCUACCCUUGUCGCAGAACCUGAAAACAGUCAACGUUGCUUCUCAAACCGAUGACCCUUCCAGUUUGCUGAACUUCUACAAGAAAUGCAUCUGGUUCCGACGACAAGAUGAGAUCUUGCGGUGCGGAAGCCAGCACAUCAUGAUGGGGCAGGAGGACGAUGUCGAGAGUCCGGAUGGUGGCAAAAAACGACAACGAAACAAGGCCAAUGAGACUCCCAAAGGAGUCAUGGCAUUUGUGCGCGAGUACAAAUCUGGCAAACGAUUGGUUCUUCUCAACUUCAGCGGAAAGCAGGUAACCGUUCCUCUCUUUCAGCAGGGGUAUUUUGCAGAUGCGGCAGGGUUCCAAGUGCUUUUGUCCACACAAGAGGACCGCCCUGUGGCCGCCACGGAAAGCAAGGAAAGGUCUUCAUCGUCUGAUUCCGACCCCUCAAUCUUGCAAGGUUCGUCCGUCACAGUGAAUGGUAACGAAGGCAUUGUGCUUCGAGUAUGGAGCAAGCGACGGUUCAAUGAGUGA